AUGGCCUCGGACCUCCACGGCAAAGUCGUCUUCAUCACCGGCGCCGGCAGCGGCAUUGGCCGCGCCACCGCCCUCAAGCUCCACAGCCUCGGCGCCCGCCUCGCCCUGACCGACGUCAACGCCGACGGCGUGCGCGAAACCCACCGCCUCUGCAGCGGCGGCAGCGGCGGCAGCAGCAGCGACGAUAACAACGUCCCCGCGCACUACGUCGCCCAGCUCGACGUGUCCAACAGCGCCGACGUCGAAGCCUGCGUCGCCGCGGCGCACGCGCACUUCUCGGGCCGCCUCGACCACGUCUUCAACUGCGCGGGCGUGAACCCGACGUCGUACGCGCUGGCGGACACGACGGACGCGUACUGGGCGCUGCUGGUGGACGUCAACCUCAAGGGCACGUACCUCGUGACGCGGGCGGCGGCGCCGCGGCUGACGUCCCCCGGCGGCUCCGUCGUCAACGUCUCGUCCAUCUGCGGCCUGCACCCCGUCGCCAACCAGGCCAUCUACUGCGCCACCAAGUUCGGCGUCGUCGGCUUCAGCAAGAGCGUGGCGCUCGAGCUGGGGCCCCGGGGCGUCCGCUGCAACGUCGUGGCCCCCGGCUACAUCGACACGCCGACGAAUGCGGGCGUGGUCAAGGGCCCCGAGUACGUGAGGCGGAUGGAGGCCGGCAACAGUCUGGGGAGGCUGGGCACGCCCGAGGAGGUCGCCGACGUGGUGGCGUUUCUCAUGAGUGCCGAGGCGAGGUAUAUGAAUGGGAGCGUGGUGGAGAUUGAUGGGGGUCUGAAGGCUUAA